UAUGUGGUGGUAAAUACCCGGCUGUAACAACACACAAGCGACCAGAAAGGCCAAAAUUUUGCGUGUGGAUUACAACCAGGAGAAGGCGAUCAUGCUGGUUGAAUAACCCUGCAGUCUAGUUUUAUUUUCAGUAUUUCAUUUGGUCAGAUUCCGUUAAAUGUCUUCAUUCUGUAGAUCAGCGUGUGGCUAUAUUUGUCUGGAUUAGUGCUGUUUAACACCUUUAAACUCUUGGAAUUAGCGCUUUCGCGUCGGAUCAUCGAUAGAUUAGUGUUGAUCUCGUCUCAGGCUUUUAAGGACACUGUUUGUGUGUGUUUUACAGGAGAAAUCGUGAGCUAACAAUAAAAGCGCUAGCACAACCGGCUAGUCAAACACUGGUGCCUUUGGGGUUUUUUUUAAUCUAUCAGCAAUGGACAUCGGAAACGAUUUAGCUAUUUUACCUGUUAGAAGCGUUUGCAUUUGACCAGUGAGGUUCAUUAAACGAAUCAAUGGGUUUGAUAUUAGAGUAGAUUAGAUUAGAUGUGUAGGUUGACAUUAGCAUUAGCUUGUUAGCAUUAGCGACUCCUUUGUUGGGAAGACUGGUUGUGGUUUUACUCACUUUGCUUUUCGUUGAGGAAAAUUGUCGUUUUUAUUCAAUCCUGUCGGGGAUUUUAUUGCUUUUUACAAUACUUUCGUUUAUCUAAGAUGCUUGUUUGGCUGUGACAUAAGUGUUUUUUUUUUAUCUAGAUCGUAGUAGAAAACGAAAGGAAAUGUCGAACAGUUAGUGUCUAUGGUUAAUGCUAGUCUAUUUAACAUACAAAUAUCGUGUGUAAAUAACGGUACUAGAGCUAAAUAGUUAUCGUUUAAAGCUAUUAUGGCUUACACGUUGAGUUUAAACCGGAUCUAUUUGCUAUGGACACAUCUACUCUUCGUUGUUAUGGGUAAUGCAGUUUCAUCGCAGCAGAGCGAGAACGUAUAUGUAUCGGGGAUGUCAAACGCUUGUGGAGAUGUGGCAGAGCAGAUCAGGGCAUCCAGUGGAGUGAUAACCAGCCCUGGUUGGCCCUUUGAAUACCCAUCUCACAUCAACUGUAGCUGGAACAUCAGGGCCAACCCCGGAGAGAUCAUUACAAUCAGUUUUCAGGACUUUGAGAUUCAAAGUUCACACCGAUGUGGUUUAGACUGGAUCUCCAUUGGAACCUAUAAAAACCUGGAUGGAUACCGGGCCUGCGGCUCGUCUAUUCCGGCCCCAUACAUCUCCUCUCAGGAUCACGUGUGGAUUAAGUUCCACUCUGAUGAUAGCAUGACUGGAAAGGGCUUCAGGCUCUCUUACAUAACAGGGAAAUCCGAAGAAGCCAGCUGCAAACCUGACCAAUUUCACUGCGCUAAUGGGAAAUGUAUCCCGGAGUCAUGGAAGUGCAACACUAUGGAUGAAUGUGGCGAUAACUCGGAUGAGGAGUUAUGCGUACAGCCAAAUCCCUCUGCUUUCUUCUCUUUCCAGCCCUGUGCCUUCAACCAGUUUCCUUGUCUUUCACGUUACACCCGUGUUUACACCUGCCUGCCAGAGUCUCUAAAAUGUGAUGGCAGUAUUGAUUGUCAGGACUUGGGUGAUGAGAUCGAUUGUGACGUGCCCACCUGUGGUGAAUGGCUCCGCAAUUUCUACGGUACUUUCAGCUCACCCAACUAUCCUGACUUCUAUCCACCUGGUAGUAACUGCACAUGGCUGAUUGACACUGGUGAUCACCGAAAGGUUAUCUUGCGCUUUAUGGACUUUAAACUUGAUGGUACAGGCUAUGGCGAUUACGUUAAAGUCUACGAUGGACUAGAGGAGAACCCCAGACGCCUGUUGCGUGUGUUGACUGCAUUUGAUUCUCGAGCCCCUGUAGCGGUGGUGUCGUCCUCAGGACAGCUUCGGAUACACUUUUACGCUGACAAAAUCAAUGCGGCUCGAGGCUUCAAUGUUACGUAUCAAGUAGAUGGUUUUUGCCUGCCAUGGGAAAUCCCAUGUGGAGGAAACUGGGGUUGCUACACUGAGCAACAGCGCUGUGAUGGAUACUGGCAUUGUCCCAAUGGCAGGGAUGAGCUCAACUGCAGUAACUGCCAGGAAGACGAGUUCCCAUGCUCAAGAAACGGUGCCUGCUACCCACGCUCUGACCGGUGCAACUACCAGAACCGCUGCCCAAAUGGCUCUGAUGAGAAGAACUGCUUUUUCUGCCAACCUGGAAAUUUCCACUGCAAAAACAACCGCUGUGUUUUUGAAAGUUGGGUAUGUGACGCGCAAGACGACUGCGGGGAUGGAAGCGAUGAGGAGAGCUGCCCGGUUAUUGUACCCACAAGGGUCAUCACUGCUGCUGUAAUUGGGAGUCUGAUCUGUGGUCUGCUGUUGGUCAUUGCUUUGGGCUGCACCUGCAAACUGUACUCGCUUCGAAUGUUUGAGCGCAGGUCAUUUGAGACUCAGCUCUCUAGAGUGGAAGCAGAAUUACUGAGAAGAGAAGCUCCGCCGUCGUAUGGGCAGCUGAUUGCUCAAGGGCUGAUCCCCCCAGUGGAAGAUUUUCCUGUCUGCUCUGGAAAUCAGGCAUCUGUUUUGGAAAAUCUAAGACUGGCAGUUCGUUCUCAGCUGGGAUUCACCUCGAUCCGACUUCCCACCACAGGGCGACACGGCAACAUCUGGAGACGCCUGUUCAAUUUCACACGUUCCCGGCGAUCUGGUUCUCUUGCACUGGUGUCUGCAGACACUGAAGAAGGCCCUACAGGCAAUGCUUCAGCUCGUGAGCCAGAGAGACUUGGCUCUCACCGGGGACUGUUGCCCUUGGACUCAGAUGACACUGACACUGAGAGCGACCACCAUUCCCGCAGGGAUGUUCCUGGAGCUGUUGGAGGCCUGAUGGCACCACUGCCACAGAAAACUCCCCCUACGACAGCUGUGGAAGCCAUCGUCUCCGUGUCUGCCAGCUCUGCUCCACUGGUCAGCCGGGAGAGCAGCAUCUCUGAAAGCAUCUCAGAAAGUUCUGGAGUGACUGGACCUCCGUGUGCUACUACUAAUUCUAGUACUUCUGCAAGAAACCCCUUCGUCAGUGCUUUAAACCGGGUCACCCGCAGCCUGCGCUGGAUUCGUUUCUCAUUAGGGCGCGCUGGUGAUGGAGGGACGACUGGCAUCGGACAGAAUCACAGCCCAUUGCGGCAACUGGAGCAAGGUAGUGCGGGGUGCACUGGUGUCAUUAGGGGUGAGGACGAAGACGACGUGGAGCUCCUCAUUCCCGUGUCAGAUGCCGGUUCCCUGGACAGUGAUGAGAGCUCCAGGCCCCUGCUGGAACAAGGUCUGGAGCAGGUCUUUGGCCCACAUCUUGCUCCUGCUGCCGUCUCUCUCAGAGGACGACUAGUGGGUCGGGAUGGCCCAUGUGAACACUGUGGAAUUGUCCAUACAGCGCGAAUCCCGGACGCUUGUCUGGAGGCAACGGCAAAAACAGAAACUAGUGAUGAUGAUUCUUUGCUGCUCUGUUAAGACUUAGAGGAACUCCCUGACUCAGUACGUGACCCAUAUGAAAUGCCCCCUGCUCACAGCUUGCCAUUUUUGUUAUCGCCUCCUAGUGGAGUGGAGGUUGAAUGUUUUUAGAGAUGUGUCCUUUUACAAAAAGGAUGAGCUUCAGAAAUCAGGUACUUUUAAAGACCAGUCUGUAAAAAUCAUACGGAGUACGAGAGCUCCCCAAUCCCACUGUUCCUUCCACUGUGCAAUAUUAGUAUUCGUUGAGAUGUUUACCAGGUCAAAGUCUAUUUUUCUGGAGUCAAAUUAAGCUCACAAAGUGUAAAGUGUGAGCCGCUCUGCAGUUCUCGGAAUGGGAAAGCAGCACAAACAAAUGCAUCUGUACUGGACAAUGUGGAACGGUGAAUGGCUGAACACACACCAGAACGCUCUGAGAGAUUUGUUACCUAACCUUUAAUUUAUUUCUACUUCUGAUGUCCGAUAUUUGUCUUUUUAAAAGAAUGAUUGCCCUAAAAAUGAAAUGUCUACAUACCCUCAUGUUGUUCCAGACAAUUUUUAUUUAUUUUUUUAUUAAUUUAUUUAUUUUUAAUGGUGUCCCCUCAGCUCUUUUCCAGAAAGUGAGAGUUAAUAGGGAUGGUGCCAUCAAGCAUAAAAAGGCCCUACAAGCACCUUUGUUUUAAAAAUCUAUUUUACCAAAGUUCUAAUCCUUCAUGCACACAUGCCAUAACCAAGUUAAAUUGUUAGAUCUGGAUUAAUAAGUUGUUAUUUCUGGUUGGCAAGUUCUACACAGAGCCAUUUCCCCUCCCUAUAUAGUUUCAUUGUACGGAAAAAAUCAUUUGUAAGCAGUAAAAAAGAUUCUCUCAAAUCAAAUCGAGGUCUUCUUUUAACUGAGAAAAGUCUUAUAGGUUUGGAACUAUUGAGUGAAUGUUAGAAAUUUCAUUUUGGGUUAAAUGAUUCUUUAAACUGCUUGCAAAAAAAUUGGGAGAAUUGGUACAUUUGUUCAUUUCAGUGCGAGUUUUGGUCCCUGCUGCAGUGGUACUAGUUGUGUGACCUGCGAUUUUUGCGUGAGGGAUGUUUAUUUAUAACACAUUCUAAUCUGAGAGGGAGUGACUAUUUUUAAAGGAUGUUGCAUUGUAUAACAGCCACUUCUGUUUGUUGUAUUUAUUUUUGUUACCGUUAACCUUUUGGUAACAUUACUGUUUUGGUACUGAGAAUUCUUGUGCGAGUGUGUAUAUUUAUUAUUGUUUUUUUUUUCUCCAUUUCAAUAGCGUUUACUUGAAAAGCAUGUCCAGCUGUCUUGUGCUUAUUUUUUUCCAUUUCAUAAUGCGGUGUUAAUAUAUAUAAAUAUAUAUAUAAAAUUAUAUAUAUAUACACACACACACACACAAACAUGCAAAUUAUAUAUAUA